AUGGAUUUUGAGUACGAACUUUAUGGGGAUUAUACUGCAUACAAUGGGACUAAUGAGACAUUCACUGCUGCUCCAAUGACAUUUAGUUACCCCAAGUCUUUUCUGAUGGAAACUCUAGUGACAAUGACCAUCAUUAUAUGCCUGGUGGGAAUCAUCGGAAAUGGUAUUGUCAUCUGGAUCUCUGGUUACAAGAUGAAAAAAACCAACACCACCUGGUACCCCAGCCUGUCCAUCUCUGACUUCCUGUUCUGUGCCUGCCUGCCCUUCAACAUAUUUUACACAGCCACCUUGCACUCGCCCUUUGGACUGGCCAUGUGCAAAUUAGCCUCCUCUGCCCUGUUCCUUAACAUGUUCAGUAGUGUCUUCCUUCUGGUUACGAUAAGUGUCGAUCGCUGUGUGAUUAUCGUAUUCCCAAUCUGGUCACAGAACCACCGAACUGUUGGGAAGGCCGUGGUGGCGGUGGUCCUAAUGUGGGUCCUCUCAGCUGCCCUGACCGUCCCCUCGCUGGUCCACCGUCAAAUCAAGACUGUCGGCACGGCCACGGAGUGCCACACAGACUGUGGGUUGAGUCACAGUACAGUGGCUGUCACACUAUUCGUAUGCGGUUUCCUGUUUCCUUUUCUGGUCAUUCUCUGCUGCUGCUCCAUUCUGUUUGUGAAGUUGAGAAGUCUGACUCUGAAAUCGAAGAAACGGAAGGGCCUGGUCUUGGCCUUUGUGUGUUGGGUGCCUUUUCACUCCUUUGUCCUGCUGGAGUUACACUUGGAGAUUGUCACAGUGGAGGCCAUCCAGACUGGGCUGAAAUUGGGGGGCACUUUAGCCUCAUUAAACAGCUUUCUGAACCCCAUACUGUACGUCUUCAUAGGCAAUGACUUUAGGCGCACCCUGAAGAGGUCUGUUUUUUGGAGGAUAGAAAAUGCAAUGGCAGAAGAUGCUCGCACAGAUGCUCGUAACCCUUCAAAAUCUAUGGAAAGUCUAGGCAAAUCCAUCCCCUUUGUCUGACAAUGACACGUAUGUCAUCUUAAAUCCGUUGUUAAUAGGAACACAAACAGGAUUAUCCGCAAUUUUCUAACCAAUUAAUUUACAACCAAUUGCCUAUGGCUUUUCCUUGGUGCAUGAGAAAUGGUUGAAAUGCAUGAGCAAGCCCGUAGAGAUUACCUCGCAGUCCCCGCACCGCGGGGGGGGCUCGUGGUUUUUUGUUGUUAUCCAAUUAGAAUUGUAUUUUCUGUGUUUCCCGAGUUGAUAUAAAAUAACUUAAAUUGUAACUUGUAUAACUGCAUGCUCUUAUGGGUCUUUCCUCUGGCACUUGUUUAGUUUUUUCACAAUGUAUGCUUCAUGUUUUGGCUGCUUGCAAUGUUUGGGACUACCUCGUUGUUAUGAUCAGUGACCUAUGCUCUUUUGUAAAGCUCUCUCUUGGAAGUCACUUUGGAUAAAAGCGUCUGCUAAAUGCAUAAAUGUAAAUAAGGUAAGUAAAAAUAGUCUGGUUCAGUACAUAAGUGAACACCAUUUAGCUACCAUAUACCUAGCUAUAGCUUAGCUUCGAUUUGAUCCUAGAUUCGAACUUAGCCCUGGUAAAUUGUAGAGCUAGCUAACUAAGUACUAGACUCCUGCCUGGCAUUUUACAACAUUAUUUAUUGAUUAAAGAGUUUCUUGAUUCAAGAACUUCAUGCCAAUAUUGUUUUUCAUUAUGGUGGAUUAUUACCUUGAUCCGUCUUGCUGUAUAAUGAGGAUUGAUCAUGUUAUAUGAGAGUGACACUGAAUAUUCAGUACAAUAUGUGCUAUUGCUGAGGUCAACCCAUUAAAUGUGCCUACUGGGCAUAAGAGUGACCAAGGUGAAUUGUCUUAGAAAUUGAAGACUUUUCCUAAUGUAACGCAAAAGUAACUUAAUGCCUUACUCUCUACAGCAAGUAACUAACUAGUUACUUUACAAUGAAUGUAACUAGUAACUGUAAUUAGUAACUUUACCGGUCAGUUAGCAACCGGCACUUCUUCACUAUUCCUGUUUAACACCACCCCUAUUGCAGCACCUAAUAAAUUGACACACACAAAACAAGAAUGU